AUGGGUCACUCGCACGGUUUGAGAUCCGGCACUCGGUAUGCCUUCAGCCGCAACUUCAAGGAGCACGGUAGCAUUCCCCUGUCGACCUACCUGAAGACCUACCGGGUUGGUGACAUUGUGGAUAUCAAGGUCAACGGUGCCGUCCAGAAGGGUAUGCCCUACAAGGUCUACAACGGAAAGACCGGUGUCGUCUACAACGUGACCAAGUCCGCCGUCGGUGUCCUCCUCUACAAGAUGGUCGGCAACCGCUACAUCGAGAAGCGCAUCUCCGUCCGCAUCGAGCACGUCAAGCACUCCCGCUCCCGUGAGGACUUCAUCAAGCGUGUCAAGGAGAACGCCGCCAAGAAGAGCCAGGCCAAGCAGGAGGGUGUCACCCUUCACCUCAAGAGACAGCCCGUCCAGCCCCGUGAGGCUCACACCCUUGAGGGUACCGCCCCCGAGAGCAUUGCUCCCAUCGCCUACGACACCCACAUCUAA